AUGGCAAGAGAUCGAGAGUGAGAGUAGAAGCAGUAGAAGAAUGCCACUAUAAAGAGGCAAAAAAGCUAACGGUGCUAGUAUAUAUAAUACUAAGUUAGUAUAGACAUUUAUAGUACUAUAUAUACUAUAUAGUAUAUACCAUAUAUACCACUACUACCUAGUUACUUCAAAUUCUAUGGAGGAAUUAAACGGAUUGGCAACCAACUGGUUAUCUGAUCUGGAUAUAGAUGAUUACGAAUUGUUUUCAGAAUGCAAUUUGAAGAAGUUUCUGGAUGAGGAUGAAGAGAAUCAGUUUGAUGAGAUGGUGAUGAGUGCAGUGGUGGGGGAGGAGGAGGAAGAGGAGGAGGAGAGGCCAACUAAGCAACUGAGAACUAGCUCAUCGUCAAGCAUCACUAACUACGUCUCAUCUAAUUCUUCUUCUUCUUCUUCUCCCACCUCCCAGAUUCUGUCUUUUGAAAACUCUUACAACCCAUCCUCCCUAUUUUAUGGCUUUGAAUUUGAUGCAACUCCUAAUGAUAAGGUUUCACCGCAACCACAAGUUGGUAAUAACAAUGAUAAGAACAAGCUGGAACAAACAAGGAAACCUCAAAGCCAAGGGAGUAAGAGACAGGCGGCUCACUCUCACGAUCACAUCAUGGCUGAGAGAAAGCGAAGGGAGAAGCUCAGCCAAAGCUUGAUCGCCCUUGCAGCUCUUAUUCCAGGCUUAAAAAAGAUGGAUAAGGCUUCGGUACUGGGAGAUGCAAUCAAGUACGUGAAAGAGCUUCAGGGGCGAUUGAAGGUUCUAGAAGAAGAGAACAAGAGAGAGGUGGAGUCUGUGGUGAUUGUGAAGAAUCCACGCUUCAUCACGAGCAGCAGCGACGAUGACUCCUCUUCGUGUGAUGAUGACACCUUGGAAGCAGACGGCGAAGCAGCACUAGCACACGUGGAAGCAAGAGUGGCGGCGGCCGAGAAGGAGGUGCUGCUCCGGAUCCAUUGCAAGAAACAGAAGGGCAUUUACGUCAAAUUACUGUCGGAGAUACAAAGCCUUCACCUGUACGUGGUCCAUAGCAGUGUGCUACCGUUCGGGGAUUCGGUUCUCGACAUAACCAUCGUCGCUCAGAUGGGCACAGAAUACAAGUUGAGCAUAAGAGAUCUUGUGAGGAAUCUACGCGUGGCUACGCUGAAAACGAUGUCGUCGUCAUAGCAGGAACUUGAUCCCACUGCAGGUAAAGGUUGAUUCAAUCAUCUUCCACCAACAAUAUAUAGUAGCGAUCUAUCUUGAAAGUCAUGUUAGCCUCGGAAGGAAACAGCUCCAUGUGGAUAAAUAAUAAUAAAGUAUGUAAUAAAGUGGAGAUUUACAUGCGGUUUUAUUUAUAUGAAAUUGUUAGUUAAGUAUCUAGUGAUUUUUAACUAACAAUUUUAUACCAACUGCAUGUGAGUUAUUAUGAUAAUAAUAAGUCUCGGUAAUUAUUAGUUUUGUCGCCAGAAGUUUUAAUUAUUUGAGCGAGAGCAUGAGAAUGUUUUAUUUUAUUUUGUUAAACUCUCAUCUCCAUGCGAGAGUUUUAAUUAUCGAACAUGUUUGGGCUACAAAAUUUGGGAGUGAAAGAUACUUAUAUCUUGUAUUUUUGAA